CUCUCUAAUUUACUGGCCGUAUAUCUAUCAUUUCGAUUACGUUUAGCUAAGGUUAACAGAAAAAAAAAACGGUUAGAGAACUUGUAUCAAGAAAUUUAUUUGAAAAAUUGAAUCUUUCUUACUUAUGAGGUGAAGUACAUGGAAAAAGUGUGAGAAAUAAUAUCGCACUUGGUGUUUUUUGAAAAGAAAGCCUUAAGACUUUUUAAGAAGAUUUACUGGAUUCUUCAGUGAUGCAUUUCACAAUUGGAAUUCUAAUUGGACUGCAUAUAGGAUUUUGUAAUGGAGAAAAUGUAUCUGUCUAUUACCAUGCAUCAGGAAUUAUUUUAAAUCACAACUUCACAAAAGAGUUUUUUAAUCACGACACGAAGAAGUGCGAGCCUUGUCGAAAUCUUGCAGAUGAUAUCAAAAGUGGGUUCUGGAAAAUGUUUGACUUUUUUGUCAAAGUCAAUCUCUUCGGGGAUUCUACGCUUUUAAACAAGACAACUAAAGGUAUUUUCUUCAGAUUGCCUUCACUUGGUGGGCAAGCUAUAAAUGCAACAAAGAAAGAAGAACUUAAACCACAUGAACACAGAGAAGAAAGCGGAGUCUACUUCAUAAUGGUGAUGCGACUUGAUGUAAACAUGACCAACCCGUCCAAGGACUUACCUGCACUUAAAGAAAAAAUACAAAAUGCCUGUUGGUAUUACCUCAGAAUUAUAGCUCAUUUUCAACUGUAUCCCACAGUUUUGCUGAACAACACAGCUUUCCAAAUCGAGGAGCUCCCAGAAUCCCUAGUGACGAACUAUCUGGAUCUUCUAAAGAGAAAACACCGUUUUGAAUCGAAGAUACUUUUGCGAAAAAGCGAUGACAUCCCAGAGAGUCACCAGAACGCAUUGUCAAUCAUUUCUUAUGUUGGAUGUUCUCUAUCUAUUUUGGGGCUGGUUUUCACGAUUUUAACCAUCACCCUCACAAGGAAGCUUCGUCGUCUUCGCCAAAAUCAAAUACUUGCGCAUUUGUGUGUGUCGCUCCUGGCCGCCAUAGUGCUGUUUACAUUUGGCAUAAACGGCAUAACAGACUCAGAUUCACUGGACGUUUGUAAAGCCACAGCAGCUCUACUUCACUAUUUCCUACUCUCCUCUAUUGUAUGGAUGAGUAUCGAGGCAUACAACCUGUAUCAAGACCUGGUCAAAGUGUUUGAUACUACAUUUAUUUCACAGAACGAGUUCAUGUGCAGGGCCGGCGUGGUGGGAUGGAGAUUUUGUAAUGGAGAAAAUGUAUCUGUCUAUUACCAUGCAUCAGGAAUUAUUUUAAAUCACAACUUCACAAAAGAGUUUUUUAAGCACGACACGAAGAAGUGCGAGCCUUGUCGAAAUCUUGCAGAUGAUAUCAAAAGUGGGUUCUGGAAAAUGUUUGACUUUUUUGUCGAAGUCAAUCUCUUCGAGGAUUCUACAAUUUUAAACAAGACAACUAAAGGUAUUUUCUUCAGAUUGCCUUCACUUGGUGGGCAAGCUAUAAAUGUAACAAAGAAAGAAGAACUUAAAGCACAUGAACACCGAGAAGAAAGCGGAGUCUACUUUAUAAUGGUGAUGCGACUUGAUCUGAACAUGACCAAUCCAUCCAAGGAUUUUCCUACACUUAAAAAAGGAAUACGAAAUGCUUGUUGGCAGUACCUCAGAACGAUAGCUCAUUAUCAACUGUAUCCCACAGUUUUGCUGAACAGCACAGCUUUCCAUUUCGAGGAGCUCCCAGAAUCCCAAGUGACGAACUAUCUGGAUCUUCUAAAGAGAGAACACGGUUUUGAAUCGAAGAUACUUUUGCGAAAAAGCGAUGACAUCCCAGAUAGUCACCAGAACGCAUUGUCAAUCAUUUCUUAUGUUGGAUGUUCUCUAUCUAUUUUGGGGCUGUUUUUCACGAUUUUAACCAUCACCCUCUCAAGGAAGCUUCGUCGUCUUCGCCAAAACCAAAUACUUGCGCAUUUGUGUGUGUCCCUCCUGGCCGCCAUAUUGCUGUUUACAUUUGGCAUAAACGGCAUAACAGACUCGGAUUCACUGGACGUCUGUAAAACCACAGCAGCUCUACUUCACUAUUUCCUACUCUCCUCUAUUGUAUGGAUGAGUAUCGAGGCAUACAACCUGUAUCAAGACCUGGUCAAAGUGUUUGAUACCACAUUUAUUUCACAGAACGAGUUCAUGUGCAGGGCCGGCGUGGUGGGAUGGAUUGUUCCCGCCAUAAUUGUGGUCAUAACUGUGCUGGCUGAACCUCAGUCCUAUGGCUUCAACGUCAUGGACAAGAACAACGAAACGCUUUGCUGGAUGGACGCAAACGCAUUCUACGGCGCAUUCCUCGCUCCCGUCCUCCUCCUGAUGGCUGUCAACGCUUUCAUCUUCCUCGCAGUGAUGAAAGAAAUCUACAACAUCCCAUGUAUGUGUGAGCAGACCAACCGUCUCUCGCACUUCCGUGCUACGGUGUCCGUGUUUUUCCUCCUCGGUCUCAACUGGUUAUUUGCCGGUUUAGCUGCCAUUGUUGGAACAUUGCUGUUCCAUUACUUGUUCACAAUCACGUGUUCGUUUCAAGGUUUUGUGAUCUUCCUUCUGCAUGGAAUCUUUAAGAAGGAUUUGCAAGAAGCUUGGCAGGUGUUCACAGCAAAAAACCGCGUGAUGGAGAUGAUUCGCAGCAGCAGUUUCGCCACACCAAUGUCCAAGACCUGGAGUGUUUCGUCCCAGUCUUCCACAAUUGGACUAAAGGGGCGUGAUAAUCCGAUCACGCUGAAUAGCUCGACAGACGGGGGGUCUGGUAUUCAGAUUCAAGUUAACACCAGUGUAAUUAUUACGUCGUAGAAUAACUCUCAGUCGAGUGUCAGAAAAAAAUUACAAGGAACCAAGCAAAACUAAAAGUAGAUUACCUUAAUCAUUGUUAAGCUCGGGAAGACACAAAUGACCCCGUUUGUACUUUUACAGCUGAUUGGUUGACAGAGAGGGGGAAGAUUUCUAGAUCAAUCACUGAGUUAAGAAAAGCAAAACUGAAGCAAUUCGAAUUACCUUCGACACACAAUCUAAAAUUUAUUUUAUUAGAUCUUUAUCUACUUCUUAUUCAACAAGAAAGUAAAAUAUUUUACACGGAGCUUCAAGGGGGGGAUGCUGAUCUGCAGCAUAUGAAUUGGCAGUGACUCCCGCGGACUAAAACUUAAAUAAAAAUGUUUUUUUGUCCAUGAGGAUGCUGCUGGAAGUGCGAAUAUUUUGUUUAUUGUAAAACACAGUUGUGGUAAAUCAAGCAUGCAACUGCAGGGUUAAGUCUUUCUAACUUCUAAAACUUUCAUAGAUCUUGCCAGUGAUCAUCUACAUCAACCGAGUGCGAAACACCAACUAAUAAACAAGGUUUGUGUCUGCGUUCUGAUGGCGGUCAUAAGAACACUCUCGUCGAUUUGAAUUUUAUUUUCGAUGAGCUACAUCUGUCGCAAUGUUAUUUGAAUAAAAUUUAUGCACUACUAUCACUAAGUAGUUUAAGGGUGGUCAUACAUAUUUAGACUCAAAGAAGGUUAGAAUAUACUCGUGAAAUAGCCAUGAUUUAUAAUGGGAACAGGUUAAGCCUGACAAAGGCUGGCUUUUACACACUAUUGUUCUAUAAAACAAAGCCUCGUUAAGCUUUCGUAAAACGUUAGGUUUUAUUUAUUUGGAUACAUUAUAGCGCUACUAUUUAAGUAUUCUCAAUUGGUCCAUUAAGGAUUAUAAUCGCCAGUUUCGAGGUAGAUACAUCAUAAGCAUCAAAAAUUGUCAUCGCUUUCGAUCAAUUAUCGAAAACUUUCGCUACCUAAUUUAGGCCAUGUUCAAGCGUCAAACUUCACAUAAGACGAACUAAAUUGCAGUUUUGGUCGACCCAAACGGGUAAAGUUCGACUGUUAAGUCCAACAUGAAACAUGAUUCAUCGAAGUUAAUUCAGAGCGCAGUAAAAAUAAAUCUUUCGGUCAGCGGGAUUAAAGACAAAAAAAUAGUCAAUUUACUCAUUAAUUUUGAUUCAUGAAAAGAUCGAUGUUUGUCCUACAUACAGUCGAUCUUCACACGUUCUAUCUGCCUGAUGCAGACGGACAGAACAAGUACAUCGAUCCAAAUUCAGUCGGACGAACUCCACUGAUUCAAACGUCGAACAUGAGGAACUAAAGUCUGUCAGUUUAUGUAUAAAAGCUGAUAGUUUCUAAAGAAACUGUUUGGGGCUGCGUCGG